AUGAAGGCCAUUCUCGCCGUCUUGACCCUCGGCAGCCUCGGACUAGCUACGGUUGGCCGUCGCAGUCCCGUUCCUACCUGCCCUAAAGGCAUGCAGUGGUCCACGCAGAAGAGAGAUUGCAUUGUCAUCCCGGCCGGCCAGCCUGGCACGACCAUAAAUCCGUGCACCUCUGGCCAGAAGUGGCUUGACGAGUGCAAUGGUUGCGGCACGUACGGCCCGAAUGAUGGCGUUUGCGUCCCUGACUGCUUCCCGACUUGCUGCAUACCGCCCUGUUAA